AUGGUAUCGUGUCUCGUAUCCGGUACGGUUGCCGGUCUCGUCUCGCUGCGUUGCUCGCCGACCGCUCCCGGGUCAUUCGUCUGCGAGAGGUUGGGAUGCCGCUCGUCGCUUGUCUACGGCUUGAUCGUUUCACGCGGUCGGGUUUCCGAAGGAGCUAUCGUCUGCACAAGAGGCAACGUCCUCAAGCAGCUCAGCUUUUCUUUCCCGUGGCACUCAGUGAGCCCGAUCCUGCCAGAAAUCGCAGUUGGGUUUCAUCAUGACUUGGAGUGGCCGGCUACAGAGGGCAGGUUCCACGCGGGCUUGAGGGAAAUGGCCUCUGAUGCAUUUGGUGCGCAUUCCUCGCUGCCGCAGACAGAGGAGGAUGUCUUUCUGCGAUUCAUGGAAGAUAGUGAGGAUAUCAUUGAUAUUCCAACUAAAGCUGUCGGACUCGUUCAUGGCACAAACGAUUCGGAUUCCCCAGGGCGCGAGAUCGAAGAUUCAAGUCGCCAGCAACGCACUCCUGGGAAGCACGUCUCAACUGAGAAGUUCCAAAACUCGGACGGGACUACUACUUUUGUGACGCGGGAAGAGAAGGUUGAUAGCAAGGGAAAUACGUGCAGUAUCAAAAUUGUCACCAAGAAACUAGACCCAGAAGGCAACGAGAUUAGUAGGUUUACAGAGUCCAGCUAUAGCCGAACCUGGGGUGGGAAAUGGCCGUGGUCGACGGAUGACAACGACCAAGAGACACACGACGAUGGGGCCAAAAAGAAAGGAGAGUCUGAUGAUGAGCCCAAGAAAAAGCUUAGCUCGUGGCUCUGGAAGUGA